UGAAAGUGUGAAAAGGAUUUCCCAGAAAUCUGCUCCUAUAGCCUACGAUAACUGGGGCGUAGAUUCUACACUGUGUGCUAGAUCUUCAGCGUUUUCACUGUCCUUUCCUAAAGGCGAAUGCUGCACACCUAACCGACUUAAAGCACAGUCCUGUUUGGACACUUUUUUCCCUGUUAGACUUGGACUGCGCGCUGAUCUAAGUAUUCUUCGACGUCAAGAGUCUGGAUCUUCCGUCAACAAGAUCUUCAAGUAAAGGUUGUCCAGUCAUCUCAGAGCCAGCCAUGUCCAACGGUCCACCCCCCAUGCCAGCGCCUGUGUGCCUGAUUGAGAACACAGACCAGGGCCUGCAGACGGUGGAGUCGUCUCUCAACCUCCUGCGGAGGAUCCAGCAGCCCGUGGUGGUGGUGGCCGUGGUGGGGCUCUACCGCACCGGCAAGUCCUACCUCAUGAACCGGCUGGCCGGGCAGCAGUCAGGCUUCGCCCUGGGCAGCACCAUCGAGUCUAAGACCAAAGGCUUCUGGAUGUGGUGUGUACCUCACCCCUAUUCACAAGGACAAACACUGGUGCUGCUAGACACUGAAGGACUUGGUGAUGUCGACAAGGGCGACUCAAAGAAUGACGCCUGGGUCUUCUGCCUGGGCGUACUGCUCAGUAGUACUAUGGUCUACAACAGCAGAGGCACUAUCGACAACCAGGCCAUAGAGAAACUCCACUACGUGACGGAGCUGACCGAUCAGAUCCAGGUAAAGUCUGCAGGGGCCAGUAAACAGGACGACGACGAGAUGGCGGAGGAGUGUGAGUUUGUCCGCUUCUUCCCCAGCUUUGUGUGGGCUGUUCGAGACUUCACUCUGGAGAGGAAGAUCAAUGGUCGCGAUGUGAGUGAUGAUGAAUACCUCAACUUUGCCCUGCAGUUGAAAAAUGGUUUGAGUACCAAGGUGAUGACCUACAACCUCCCGAGGCAGUGCAUCCGAAGCUUCUUCCCAACCCGGAAGUGCUUCACCUUCCCGUUCCCGACGGCAGCAAACAACAUGUCACACCUGGACUACAUGGCUGAGGCCGACCUUGACCCAGACUUCCGGAAAGUUGCUGAUAGUUUCUGCACCCACAUAUUCGCAGAGAGCCGCGUGAAGACCGUACAGGGAGGCCAUAAGGUCACCGGCAGCCGGUUCAGCCAUCUUGUGAAGAUCUACGUGGACACCAUCAACAGUGGCAAGGUUCCCUGUCUGGAGAACGCAGUGGUUGCCAUGGCGGAGAUCGAGAACCAGUCGGCUGUGAAUGAGGGCUUCCGGCUCUAUGUGCAGGGCAUGGAGAACCUGAAGAAGAACUUCCCCGUUGAUCUCGAAUCUCUCUCGGCGGAACACCAACGCGCCUCAGCCUUGGCAACGCAGGAGUUCCUGAAACGUUCCUUCAAGGACACAGAGGGGAAGUACAUGACACAGCUGCAGGAGAAAGUGGCGAAGCUCUAUGAUCAGUUGAUCAAUGAGAACAUGGACGCCUCAGAGAAGCUGUGCAGGAAGCUUCUCUCUGAUCUGUAUGCGCCUAUGGCUGGCAACAUUCAGCAGGGCAUCUAUGCCAAGCCAGGCGGGUACGAGAUCUACUGCCGCGACCGAGACGCUAUGGUGGCCAAGUACCGGCAGGAUGGCAAGAAGGGCAUGAAGGGGGAGGAGAUGUUGGAAGGGUUUCUCCAGGAGAGGAGUGCCGAGGCCAACUCAAUCAUGAAGGCUGACGAGAAACUCACCGAGGCCGACAAACAGAGGGCCGAGGCCCGUGAGCAAGCAGCAGUUCAGGAGCAGCAGGCCAAGGUGGCAGCGCAGCGUCAAAAGGACCUGCAGCGCGCCCUGGAGGACGAGAAACGCAACCAGGAAGAGCGCUUGAGACGCAUGGAGGAGAAGAUGGAGGAGGAGAAACGCCUCCAGCGUGAGGAGCUGGACCGCGCCCUGGAGAGCAAGCUGAAGGAGCAGCAGGAGAUGAUGGAGAAGGGCUUCAAGGACAAGGCCGAGAUCAUGAGUCAGGAGAUCGAGCAUCUCAAGAAGGAGAAGGAGAAGGAGAAGAUAGCGCUGCUGGAGCAGGAAAACAGGAUGGAGGAGGAGAAGUACCGAUGGCUAGAGAGCCUCCUGGAGGAGGAGAAGAGGACUCACGAGGAGAACCUCAACCGUCUGAACGAGAAGCUGAAGCAGGAGUAUGCGCUGCUGGCGGGUGAGCAGGAGAGGGCGCUGGAGAGAAAGAUGGCGGAGCAGACGGUGCUCCUCAACCAGGGCUUCCACCAGCAGGAGCAGGAGCUGAAGGAGCAGAUCCAGCAGCUGAAGAAGGAGCAGGCCCAGAGGGAGGCCGAGGAGGCGCGCCUGCAGAGGGAGCAGCAGCAGCAAGCCGCCCAGGCCACCAUGCAGGUCUUAGGCAACACCCUGGAGACAUACUACAACUACAAGCAAAAGAAAGAGGAUCGUCGCCUUCAACAGGUCAAGGCCCAGAAGGAGAAAUACACCUACAAGAAGAGGUUGAUGGCUGCGGCAAAGAAAGUCGGGAUGGAGUCAAAGGUCACGGGAGUGCUGAAGGCCGGGGCAUCUGAACAGAAGGCCAGGGCAUCUGAACAGAAGUCUGAUUAAGAUUUUGCCACCAGAUAUCUGGCAUAGAUUUCCAGUCACUUGUAGGCCUACUAUAUAUAUAUUAUUUUACUCAACAGUC